AUGACGAUUGGAAUCGAACCCCCACAGGCCCAACUCUUGACCAAACAGCAAGUCAUUGACAAGACACGUCAAGAAAGCUUGGAUGCUCUCAAAGAUCCUUUUGUGUUUCCCAAACCCAUCAAAAAAGUAGCAGUGAUUGGUGCUGGUCCUGCUGGAUUGGUGGCAGCCAAAGCACUCAAGGAACAAGGAUUGGAUGUCACAGUAUUUGAGCGGGCCAAGGCGGUUGGUGGUACAUGGUUGUAUCAAAAGACGACCGAACACAAAAUACCUGUUCCCAAGGCUGAACAAGCCCCCACCCAAAAUGGCAACUGCAACAUGAACGCCGAGAAGAAACCUAAGGAUGGCGAUGUAGAAACGGAGACAGAGGAAGAAGCUCAGCGACUUGUGGACGCACAUGCACCACCAAGCGGAUGUUAUUAUGCUCUCUAUAACAACACGCCGACGCCAAUGAUCGAGUAUGAAGAUUUUCCUUAUCCUCCAGGCACAUCAUGGUACAUCUCUCAUGUCCAGCUACAAGCCCAUUUGCAUAAUUAUGCAACAACCUUCAAGUUGUAUGACGACAUUGAGCUCAACACCAGCAUCGAGCAUGUUAAUCGCGUGGUGCUUCCAGAAACAGGUGCAUCCGAAUGGAUCGUCACAGCCCGCAAAUGUGAGCGUGUGGAUAAAUGCAAGUUGCGAUACACCACAUGGGAGGCAACCUUUGAUGCAGUUGUGGUGGCUACAGGCAUCUUCCAAAAAGCAUUCAUUCCAUCCAUUGACAAGCUUGCCGAGUACGAUCAAAAAUGGCCUGAUAGGGUUUUGCAUGCUAAACAAUUUCGCCAUUGCAGUGCAUACGCAGGCAAGAACGUGCUGUUGGUGGGUAGUCAUGUGUCGGCUAUUGACUUGGCUCAGCGCAUGGAAGGCGUAGCAAACAACGUGUACAUGGUCGUUAGAGGUGACUGGGAGGAUCCUGGCAGUGACAUUCUCAAAUUGAUUCGCACUGGAACACCCAAAUCCACCAUCCACAAACCUGAGAUCAAGAGCUUUGCUGAUAAGGAUGGCAUUGUUAAUGGCACUAUCACGUUCAUGGAUGAUACUAUUCUCGAAGAUAUUGAUUGCGUCGUCUUUUGUACCGGAUACAAGGGUGAUUACCAUUACCUUGGCUCAUUGUGUGCACAUGACAAUGAUCCCCAGGAGGUCAAGGAAAAGGCUAUCGUGGUGACAGAUGAUAUUAAGCCCUUAACGUCCUAUCGUGAUCUAUUUGCUAUGGAUGAUCCCACGCUUGCCUUUGUUGGUAUUGCCAGACAUUUACAUGGACUCGGUCACUUUUGGUAUCAAGGCCAAGCUGUUGCUCGCGUAUGGAGUCAAGCUGCUCGUUUGCCAUCGCAAGAGGCCAUGCGUGCUUUCAUGGACAAGUAUGAGUUGCCCUUUGUUCCCCAUGACAUGUCGACCGUGAGCGAGCAACUUCACAUACAACGAAUUGUUACUUGGCUCAAUACACAUGCCGAACAGCUGAAGUCUCCUGUCAAUCGACUCAAGGGUAUGGAUGAUUCUGUGGCUGAAAUGUGGGAUAAGGUGAAGGCUGCUUGGCCUGAUCGUACCGAGGAAAUUGUGGCUGCUGCAAAACAAACACCUGUGGAAAAUGGCAUAUAG